CUAAAACUAAAAUAUAUCAUCACUUCCCGUUGGAGAAAUAGAAUUGAAGGAGCGACUGAGAGGAUCCUAGAGGCUAGGGUUUUGCGCUGGGUCACUGCGAUUUGGCAUCAAAGUUCUGAUUUUUGAUUGACAGGGAGGCAAAAGACAUAUACAUCUCAUCUGGGUUUUGGCUUAAGACUCGAAACGCUGCGUUUAGAGGCAUACCCAGGUGGCGCAUUCGCCUGCUUCAAAGGAAUUUGCAUUCGCCUUCUCCCAGGUUACGUCUUUUGUAUUGUUUGUUCUUGGUGUGUUGCAGUUGGGAUUAAUGCAAUUGAUUCAUUUUAGGCGUAAAAUGAUGGCUUACAGAGUCAUUGGAACUGUGAUCGAGUUGAAUUGUAGUAAAUACGCAUCUGGGUAUAAAGAAUCUUUGCAGCAUACUCGAUUGAUGACCACGAGUAAGAGGGUUCAAGAUAGAAGUACGCAGAAGAGGGUGCAUGAUCUUGAAAUUGUGACGGAGAAGUGGAAGAUAGUUUCCAAAGUUUUGUUCCUUAUGGAGGUUUUGAAGAAGGAGGCUGAGCAGAUUAUCACAGUGAGGUCACUGGAUCAGUAUAGGAGGCAGGUUAAUCUGCCAAAGCCCCAUAAGAUAUCCGACUUUAUUCGGAAAUCUCCCAAAUUGUUUGAGUUGUAUAAGGAUCAGAAAGGGGUGUUGUGGUGUGGGAUGACCAAAGAAGGCGAGGAUCUGGUGGCCGAGGAGGAGAGGCUUCUUGAGGAGCAUGCUGAUAAAGCCGCUGAGCAUGUUACGAGGUUUUUAAUGAUGUCGAUAGAUAAGCGGCUUCCAUUGGAUAAGAUUGCCCAUUUCAGGAGAGAUUUUGGUCUGCCAUAUGAUUUUCGGACCAGUUGGGUGCGGAAGUAUCCUCAACAUUUUAGGGUAGUUAAGUCCGAGGAUGAACUUGAGUAUUUGGAACUUGUUUCUUGGAAUCCUGCUUUGGCUGUGACAGAAUUGGAGAAGAAGGCAAAUGGGGCAAAUGGAGAUAUUCUUCCCACACCGGGUCUGCUUUCCCUUCCUUUCCCCUUGAAAUUUCCUCCUAACUACAAGAAGGUGUAUAGGUAUGGAGGAAAAAUUGAUCACUUUCAGAAACGGUCGUAUUUGUCUCCAUAUGCAGAUGCCCGUGGCAUGAAAGCUGGGUCACGAGAAUUUGAUAAGAGGGCAGUGGCUAUUAUGCAUGAGUUGCUUAGCUUUACUAUUGAGAAGAGGUUGGUCACAGAUCACCUUACCCACUUCCGUUGGGAACUUGUUAUGCCUCAAAAGCUCAUGAGACUUCUUCUGAAGCAUUUUGGCAUUUUCUAUGUCUCUGAGAGGGGGAAGAGGUUUAGUGUGUUCUUGACUGAAGCCUAUGAAGGUUCAGAGCUGAUUGACAAAUGCCCAUUGGUUCUUUGGAAGGAAAAAGUCCAGAAUCUUAUUGGUUACAGAGGAAGGAAGCGCAGAAUUGAAACUUUUGAUGACUUGACAGAUAUGGCGGAUACUAGUUUGUUUGAGAUGGAUUCUGAGAAUGAAAAUUUUGAUGCAGAACUCGAGCAGGGUGAGACCAUUGAUGGUUUAGGCAAUGGCUUACUUGCAGAUGACGUUGAGAUGGAGAUUGGAGAGAUUUGCAAUGCAUACAAGGAUAAUGAACCAUCCUGAGGUCAUAUAUCUUUUCUUUUAAUAUCAAUUUUUUUUAAAAGAAAAAAAAAAUUGCUUAAUUUAACUUUGAAAGAUUCCAUUUUUUUUUUUUUUGGAUUUUGAUAAUCCAGUCUGUAGAAGAAAGCAAAAGAGCGUUUAGCAUAAAUCAAGGAAAAUCUUUUGGCACAUACCUUGGCAAAGUCUUCAAAAAUUUCUUCUGAUAGUGGAAAGUUAGAACUAUGAUAUCAUUACAUGGUUUUAGUGGUAACCAUCAGCACACACCAGUAGAAAGUGGGCUAUAUCAUUCAAUUUUCAGAGAAAUUAUGAGAAUAAUAGAGAUCUGGUUGUGGGUUAUUCAGAGAAUAUGAGUUUACUAGAAGAGUACAAGUUUCCAUGAAGAUGUUUACUAUGGCACUCUCCCGUCUCAUCUAUUUGUUGCUAGGGGGAACCCAACCCUGCUUUUGGCUGAACAACUUAAUACAACUAUUCAGUUGAAUAGAGAUACUUUAAUUUUUCAGAAACCAAAACAUCAUGGAGUGUAAGAUUCAAAAAUCUUUCUUAAGACAAAGAAUAUGCUUCUUAAGACUUUGUUUUCAUGGUCCCAUGGUGGUUUGGGUUCUUCUUUUCAUCUUUGUUGACCUUUGUUGAUGGUAGGGGACUAAUUUACUUGGGUUGUGGUUUUCAGGUGUGCUGUUUUAUACAUCGUGUGUGUAUGGGUUGUGCCUCCUUUUGUUAGGCGCAUUUAAUAUAUAAACUUUAUUUGCCCUUCCAAUAAAAAAAGAAAAAGAUGAAAAUUUGUCUUCUGUUUUUCAUGUAACCAAAUGGAGGAUUGUGUAAUUAAGUUUGUUUUAGUGAGUAUAUUAGCAUCCAUGGUAAAAGGGACAAUUCUAGCAGUGGAAACAUUUUCAUGACAUUGUUAUUUUCAUCAUUGGAAAAGAAAUAAUUUUUUUCAAAAAGUAGAACUGCAGGUCAUCUUUUUGAUUGCUUUUUGGAAAAUUUCAUGUACAUUGAUUCUUUCAUGGAAUGCUAAUCUCCAAAGUGAUGACCUGUUUGUAGGUUCUAUGACUACUCAUGGUAAAAAAGUGCUUUUAAAUAUGUUAUGUGGCAAAGUAUUCUAUUCAAGUUUCUAAACCUUUCAAGUUCAAUCAUGAGAUCUUUGGGAUUAUUUCUAAAGGCAUAGUUUUUAUUACUCUUGAAGUCAUAACACUUGUGCAUUGUUUUUAAUUUUUUCUGAAGGUUCCAGUUGUGUCAAGAAACGGCAUAUGCUUUGUCUGUUAACUGACCUGAUCCGAUUUAAUUUUUCAUUUCUAUGGCCUCUCGCCUAGCUGCCAACAAAGAAAGACAAAAAAAGAAAACAAGGAAAUAAGAAUUUCUUUAUUUUACUCAAGGAUGGUUAGACUAGGAUCUGCCUGUCAGAGAGGAAAAAAAAAGGGACCAAGAUCAUUUCCUUGAUAUCUAUGUUGGCUUACCAAUCAAGCUGCUGUGCUGAUUGAACAUUAUAACAUACAUGUACUGCCUAGGAGCCGUUCUGCUACUGCAAUGCACCUCUCCUAUUAAUCUGUGAAGCAGCAAAUUUUCUGAAAUUAUGCAUUCUGAUCACUGAUCAGCUUAUGUGAGCGAGUCUACUCCAUUUUCGAUCUCUAAUUUUACCAUGUAAUCUACCAGGAAAAUUACAUUUGUUGACUGAUAUCUCAUCAAAUGGUCACUGUAUGAAUCUAUUAAAACAGGCACAACUAGCUUACCUUAGCUCUGGGAAGCAACAGGGCCUGAAAGGAAAGCUGCACGGCAUUCAUUUGAAGGAGGCUCAUGGAAAAAAGCUCAAGGAUCUUUUCCUUAGAGAUGGUAUGAAGGGCACUUUGUCUAGCUGCAUGUUAACGAGUUUCUGAAACUCCCUCCAUAUCCCGUCUUGAAGUACCUUAAAAUCUUUUAAAGGGGGCGAAAUGACACAUUUCCAGUGAACGAUUUCUUCGUAGUUUCUAUUGAAUGAUAUGCUUUCUCAAGUUUAUAUGUUCAUACGGGCAGUUUUCUGUAUAAGAUUUGCAACUACCUUCUGUUGUGCACCACCAUGUGAGGUUACAAGGGGCUGUUGCUGCCAUAUAUAAUAAGAAACAGGCAGUGGUUUAAACACGGGAAAUGGUUUCUGUGAUUUGCACUGGUGUAGAGGGCAAAAAAGCUCUGAAACAGGCUGUUGAUUGUGAUGAAAAGUUGAUAACCCAGGAUCUUACUGUAUUUCACCAUUACCCCAAUAUAGCCUUUGGUAUCGGUUUCUGUGCUCAA